AUGAAGACAACAAGAAGCAUUGCCCUUCUUGGGCUUGCGCUUCUCAACUGCCUUUGUGAUAUUGUUAUUGCUCAACAACCGGCCUCCUGCGGCAUGUACCAGCCUUACGGAGAAAUGCCGCUUGAGUGUCCCCCCGACUACGACCCCGUCUGCGGGACUGACGGCACGACCUACCCCAACGAGUGCACCCUCUGCGGAGCGAUGCUCAAUAACCAAGCCCUCGACAAGAGGUACAACGGAAGAUGUAUUACGGACGACUGUGCUGACUACUAUAGGCCAGGCCUUGGUCUCCUGCCACCCUGCUCCGCGGAGUACCAGCCUGUCUGUGGCACCGACGGGAUCACCUACAGGAACAAGUGCAACUUCUGCAGCGCUGUGGCGAACGGGCUGGACAUAAGCCUGCGCAAUGAUGGAGAAUGCUCACAGCAACUCGACUGCAGCCAACAGGGUGGCGAUCCCACGUGUGACGGUGACUUCAACCCCAUUUGUGGCUCCGACGGCAGGACUUACAGAAACAAGUGCCGGUUCUGCAGGGCGGUUUUGCGGAGCGGAGGAUCUCUGUUCCUCAGAUACGGUGGUGAAUGCUGA